CGCACCACAGUGAAGGCUAAUAUGCUGCAACGCUUCUUACAUUUCUGCCUAAUACUUGUAAACUAAUCGUAAUUUUUGUUUAAUCUUUUAGUAGAAAGGGGAAGCAGCAUUGUGUAAAUGUUUGUCAAACGAGUAUGAACGUCGCUCCUGUAUAUAGUUGCGCAACCUUCACUGACAACCAAACCGUUGUCGCUCGCGCCGUACAAUUACAGUGAUUGAACAGAUACAGAAGACUCAUUAUUUCAGUAAAGCAGCUCAGAUCCGUCAGUUAUUGAUGCUCGGUUGGUUGGGGGCUUUUGUUUCUCGUGGCUUUGUAAACCACCAUUAUUUGUGACGAAAUGACGUUAUGUACCAAGAGCUGCUCUUGAAAACCCUCUCGAAAUUAUGACAGAAUUUCUGCGGAGACUCCACAGAGGCUUUCUAAAAGUUGUGCUGUUCCCCAGCACAUUUGGGAAUAAAGCUCAACGUCCUGCUGCCUCUGAAGUGUUAACGUGUCACCUCACACAGCGCAAACUCCCUCCCUGGACUUCCUUCUGUGUGCGCUACAGUGCCGUCAUCAAUGAUCAGUUCGGACUGUCAAACUUCAACUGGCUGGUGCAGGGAGUGAACUACCAAAUCCUCAGAACUGGUGCUUUCCCUUUCAUUAAAUACCACUGCACCAAAACACCUAACCAAAACCUGGACUUUGAAAAUACGUUUUUUGGUGCAUUGAAAUUCAUCAAUCUAGGUAUUCCAUGCUUGGCAUAUGGCUUGGGCUCAUGGAUGGUGGUUGGAGUGACAGAGACUGUACAAACCUCAGCAGGACCUGUUAACCUUUACUUUGCAUACAAGGAGUCGGAGGGCGCUCAGUACUAAUAUCAGAGACAUUUUGAUCUAUGAAAAAAUAUGCAAAUUGCCACGUGUGAAGAUCUAGAAUGGAAAAAUGCACAUUUGCACACAGAAUAAUAUAUAUAUAUAUUCAAAUUUGGUUAUGGUGAGCUUAUUUAAAAAUUUGACGUUCCACAUCAUAGGAAAGUAAUUUCAGAAAUGUAUUUACCAUGAACUGCAGAUUACACUGGCAUUAUCGUGAUUAUUAGGCAUUAUUGUGAUGUGUUGAUUGAAGUUUACAAGCUAUUCAAUGCCUUGUUUUCCCACUUGUUUUACUCCCUAAAGCUAAUGCAGAAUUUUAAAUACCGUCAGCUCAUUUAUUUAAAGUCAAAUUAGAGCUCACACCCUACCUGGCAUAUUGUCAAUAGGAAACAAGAGGAAUUGUUUAGAGGACAGGUCUGAUAAAAUGUUUUUUAAGUACAUUAGAGAAAGUGUGGCCUUUCGUUCAGUGCCCUCCCUAACACCCUCCCCAAGUCUUCCUCAGAUGCUUUGAUUUCUGAUAAUGUGCUUCGCUGACUUGGUGUGGCCAGGGCUGUCUUCUGCAGAAUCCUUAGUCACAUUACCUCUAGAUUGGAUUUGACAAACUACCAUAUUGAUCCUCUACACCUCUCCGAGGUUUCUGCUGAGCACAUUUAUCAGAGGCCUUGAUUUUCUGGCCUUGCUGCCUUCUCUCUUAAUAGCAAACAGACUGAAGUAAUAAUUUCAUGUAUUACAUGCAUAUCAAUUGACCUUUUGGCCCCUUCUUUUGCACACUGUACUUCCGAGGGACAGAACAGAUUUGAUUGGGCCAUUGUACAGUGCUGUGUAAAGUAUUUGCCCCCUUCCUGAUUUCUUCUAUUUUUUUUAUAUUUAUCAUACUAAAUUGUUUUACAUCUUCAAACAAGAUAUAACAUAAAACAAAGGCAACCUGAGUAAACGC